AUGAGGAAUCGUUUUUCUGAGUCCAGCACAGACCUACUCGAGUGUAUGGCAUGUCUUGAUCCAAGAAAUCAUUUCUCCAAUUUCAAUGUCGAUAAACUUGUUCAUCUUGCCACCCUUUAUCCGGAAGACUUUUCAUCCAUGGAGCUUAACUUGUUAACUAAACAACUUCAAAGUUUCGUGAGUGAUGUAAGAAGAGAUACACGUUUUUCAGAUGUUGAAGAUUUGGGAACUCUUUCAAAGAAGAUGGUUGAAACGAUGAAAGAUAAGAUUUUUCAAUUGGUUUAUCGAUUGAUAAAAUUGGUCUUACUUUUACCAGUAGCUACAGCAUCCGUUGAAAGAGUGUUUUCUGCAAUGAAAUUUGUGAAGUCAGAGCUGAGAAAUAGGAUGGGAGAUGACUGGUUGAACGACAGUUUGACGGUAUAUAGCGAGAAGGAGGUGUUUGCAACUAUUCCCAAUGAAAGGAUUUUGAGUCGUUUUCAGAAAAUGGAUACUCGAAGAAGCCAACUAUCUCGCAUAGCAUAA